AUGGCAUACCAUUCAAUGGCAAAGUCUCGAAGUCUUGAGAUAAUGAUUGAGUCAGCGGGGCAGAUGGGACCGGGUGUAAAAGGUCCAAGUUAUCAUGAAUUAGGAGUUCCUCUUUUGGAGAAAACGGUAAAAAAUACACAAACAUUGAAGGAAAAACAUGUUAUUGCUUGGAAGCAAUACGGAUGUUCACUUAUGGCCGACGGGUGGACAGAUAAAAGAGGGCGGGAUUUGAUUAAUUUCCUCAUCAAUAGCCCAGAAGAUACAUUUUUUUUUAAGUCGAUUGAUGCAUCAAGUCAAGCUCAAGUUGCAUCACUAUUGGCGGAUUUACUUCAGGAGAAAAUUGAAGAAAUUGGAAAAGAAUACGUAGUUCAAGUAGUAAUAGACAAUAGUGCUAAUUUCAAGGCAGCGGCUCAUUGCCUUGAUCUUAUGUUGGAAGAUAUCGGAAAAUUGUCUGUUUUCCGGGCAAAGAUUUACAAUGCAAGAAGAAGCUUAUAUAAGCAUAGGGAUGCUUUGAGGAGCUUAUUUUUGAGCGAAUAUUGGACUACAUCGAAAUUGACUAAUACAAAUGCCGGGAGAUUAGUAGCAAACAUGGUAUUGUCUUCUCCUUUUUGGACUGGUGUGGAGUAUUGUAUAAAAGCAUCGCAUCCACUUCUAAUUAUUUUGAGGAUCGUUGACAAGGAUGAGAAGCCAACGAUGCCGGAGCUUGCAGUACCGAUGAAUGAAGCUAAAAGGAAAAUCAAAUGA